AUGUCUGAUAAAACGCCCGAUGCGACCUUUCAUACCACCAAGUUGCAAGAUAUCCUGCAUUUGUGGCACAAAGCUGUGCCUCCACACAACUUGACUGUGCUACUACUCUGUGAGACACACAAUCCAACACCACUGCGUCACGGACAGUUCGAUGGGCCAUCUGGCUUCCCAGUCGCUAAAGAGACUUCUCGCGCACUUGACGAAGAUUCCAACAUUUCUCUGCGCAACGAUGCUCCAGACGAAAUCUAUCGAACCGAUGCAGUGUCUGCCACAGCAUUACCCUUCGACUCCUCCAUCCUCACCAGAGCCCCACAUCUCAUUCGUCGAGUUCAAUCCAGUCGAUUGCCUCCCCAGGUUGUACGCCCGGCCACAGAUGCAGUCUACUACAGAGCCCAAGUGAAAGGUCACACCUUGAUGUGCUGGAUGCAAAAUCCCGCACUCGCUGGAGACCAGGCAAUCAGUCCAUGGAAUCGAUUCGAACAAUUGGCCGAGUGGGGUUGGACUGGUCCUCAAGGAUCAAAUCCCAUCCGAAUCAAUUACUCCGAAGAGCGUGAUCCUGCCAUGAGACGAUUGGUGGGUAGUCGUCCGAGGACGGGCAUGGUGGGCCAAGUAGAGCAUAAAACGACUCCCGCUCAUGCACCUGUGACGCUGGAUGGAAAAACUUAUCAAUACCCUGCAACUAUGGCGGAAUACCAAAACAUCUUCUACCCCAAAGACGGAGUCAUUCUCGCAUAUUACAAUUUCGGUCCCGACUAUUUCAUCAACGGCCUCCUCCGCCACUGGAACAGCUCAACAAUGCUCAAACCCGAACUAUCUCGACUCUCCGACAUCUGGUGGCUCCUCUGGACCAAAAUCUGCUCCCUCAGCGAAACCGACCCUCGAGACCUACGAUACAUCAUCCAAAAAAGCGUCAUCAACGAAUCCACUCAAACCGUGCUCGCGCGAGUGCUGCAGCACUGGUGGCCUGCAGAGCCUGAAAUCUCUCAAGGUAGAGCUCCGAAAUGGCCUGGUAAACUCGUUACGCGAGAUAUGGCGGGAUUCGAUGCGUUGUUGGGGACGGAGAAUAUUUGGGGCGUGCCGUAUUUGCUUGUGCAGAGGUGUGCGGUGUUGGGGAGGAGAGAGGUUAAGGGUAUUCGUGUGUAUAAUCCGGAUCCGAGAACGACUUAUUAUGAGGUUAAUAUGGUUGUGGAAAUUGGGGAUGUGGAGGUGAGAGUUACUGAUGUGUAA